CCAGUCGCCCACGGUCUCCACACCACCCUUUGAAAAAGAGAGGAGAGAGAGAGAGAGGAGGGCACAAGAAUUUCUCCACUCCCACCACCACAGCAGCCAACCGAGAGAUUCCCAGCAAUGUCCGACGAGGCCAGGCGCGUUGCCGGGGGCGGCGCGGCGUCGCUGGCGGCGCUGAGGGCCUCCUCCGACGUCCUCGACCGCAAGCCGGCCGCCGCGGGCUCCCCUCCGCCGGGCGCCGCCGCCGCCGCCACGGCGGGCCACAAGAUCCAGCUCAAGAGCGCCGACAUGAAGGAGGAGAUGCGCCAGGAGGCCUUCGACAUCGCCCGCGUCGCGUUCGAGAAGCACACCAUGGAGAAGGACAUCGCGGAGUACAUCAAGAAGGAGUUCGACAAGAACCACGGCCCUACCUGGCACUGCAUCGUCGGUCGCAACUUCGGGUCCUACGUGACGCACGAGACGAACUACUUUGUGUAUUUUUAUAUCGAUUCUAAAGCCGUCUUGCUAUUCAAAUCUGGGUGAUUGGCGCAGCUGGCAUCCCCUGUGCUCUCUAUCCUUUAUGCCCCUUUCCUCUGCGUUGUCUGCAACCAAAGCUGGAAGCCUGGGAUUCUGAGAGCCUGCAGCAUGCCGAUGUUAUUAGCCGCGGAUCUUUUCCGUGUUCCAGCAAUGUGAGAUUAGAUUGUGUGUCUAUUUUACGUCUGAUACAUCUAGGUGGUGUCCUGACAUUGCCCUAUUGUAAUCUGAUUGCCAGAAAACUCAGACAAAAGGUUGUCAUCGACAAGGUAAAACUUGUGAUGAUCUGCUUAUAUUAUGACUGUCUGAGUGUCUGGUAUACAGGUUUUCAUUCUCUGGCCACAGGGUCGCAGAAAUUUCAGUGGUUUCCAUGAAUGAUAUCCUAUAUAUUGCAUACAUAUGAUUUGUCUC